AUGUGUCCGAAGCGGAUAUUGGACCCUAUGGUGUUCCAACAAGUGAUGGCAAGAAACCCUGGGGGCACGUUCUACAACUUGUCACUCGCCAAUGGUUUCAAUGUUGGGACAUCCAACUUAUCCGGUCUAUUCACAAAGGUCCCUGACCCCACUGCCGGCUACGCCAAUUUCGAGGGUGGUGCAAUGUUUGGGAACGACCGAGAAAUCAUCCUUUACGGAGGAUUGACCCGGCCAACGGACAGCGAGGGUGUUCCCCGCGCGAGCGAGGCGUUGGGAUAUCGAUAUUGGCAUACAAGCUUGGACCGUGAUGAGGAGUCAUUCUUCAACUCUACAUUACCAAGCACUAUCACUCGCCACGUCACAGAUGGAGGUAAAACCUCUGCCCCAAGCGAAGAUCUGGCGUUUUACUUUGGGGGCAUGCGAGGCCGAGACUGGGGUCCCAUCACGUCGGAUGACGGGUAUCUUCAAAACACCACAGGUGACAUUCCCUCGGGCGGUCGGGCUUCCUUUUGCUCCACCCUCGCUUCUGCAUCAGACGGAAGCUCCCACAAUAUUUACAUCUACGGGGGUUACAAUGGGCAGGAUCCUACCGCUGAUUUCUAUGACGAUGUGUAUAUCCUCUCCUUGCCAUUUUCGUGUGGAUCAAAGCCUACGCCGGGCGGUCUCGCCAUGGUCGUUCUCAGUGACUUGGAGUUUCAGAAGACAUACGCGCCCAACGCCAUUGAGGAAUACCUUGUGCCAAGUAUGGUGGCUCGGCAGAUUGGUGGGACAGCAAAAGGGAACGCCAAUCGAGCCGCACCCGCGUCGAGGGGAGAUCCCCGGCUCAAGUCCCUUUUUGGGGCGCCGUACACGAAGACGAUCACCACCUGGUACCCAUAUGCAACUUCUGCAAAGCCUUUGCACCCAAAAACAACGGCUUCUCAAGGGUCCACGUCGCAAGGAGACGGCUAG